AUGAAGCUGAAAAUUCAAAGUUUGAAGAUCAACUCUGCAAGAAUGGAAGAUGAAAUUGUGGGAUUUGUUUUGGACAAUUGUAGAUCCGUUUCUGAAGUAUAUCUGAAUUGUCUCACGUCUCCAGGAUUUGAGUAUCUCAAAAAGUCUCCAAUCCCAAAGUUCAGUCUCGAUAAGCUAACAAUUAACAAUGCGGAGUGGGUGACCACAAGACACUUGGCCAACUUAUUCAUUAACUGCAAACAUGUCAUACUUGAUGGGUGUGACCCAAAAAAUCUCAAAAUUAAACAAUUCAUCAAAAAAUGGUUUUACGAAUAUUCUCAAUUAAAAUACGCCAGUCUGACAUUCGAUUAUUUUGACUUCUCUAUGAAUGAUAUUAUGAGAGGGAUACCAUCAAAACGUGUGCCAACAAGAGAGACACUCGAACCAUACAACGUUUAUUGCAUCAAACAACAAAAAACUGGAGCUCGUGCCUAUGUUAUUAGGAAUUCUCGUACAAUUCUGAUUUCUGAUUCUCUGUAA